UGGGUUGUUUAUGUUUAGGGUUAAAGGGAAAUGUGAUAGAGGAAAGUUUACCCAAAAAGUUUUUUGGAUUAAUUAUAAAUGGAGGACCAACCCCAAUACUUUUGUAUAAAUUGUGGCGAAAGAAUAAGUAGUCUCUAUAAAAAAUAUAGCGCAACUGUACUAAAAUUAACAGAAUGUGAAUACUGUAAAAAAAUAGCUGAUAAAUAUGUCGAAUACGAUAUUACUAAUGUUGUAAUAGGCCUUAUUUUAUUAGACAAUACAGCUUAUAGACAUAUUCUACUUAAUACAGAUUUUAAGCAUUAUUGGAAAUUAUCACUAAUUCUAAUUUUACUGGAGGCUUAUUCCAACAUGACAUUACUAAACAACUCAAAUGUGGUUCAGUGCGAUAGCCAAAAUCAAACUGAACCAAGUCUAAAAGACUUUGAUGUGAAUGUUGAAGAUCUAAAAUUCUACAUUCUUACAAUAAAUAUUGGCAUUAGUUUCUUAUGUUUUGUAGCCACAACAUAUUUGUUGACAAGGAUAUAUUAUAGCUAUUUAAAUAAUAAUAGGAAAAAGGCACCAUCUUUUAUUUUAAUAUUAAAGACAAUAACUCUAGCUUCAUCAAGUAUAUUUUUACAGCUUCCAUCUGUGAUUUGGGAUUUAUCAGUUUAUAGUUAUCAUCUUCAUUUUAUAUCCUUGUAUAUAACUCUAAGUCAAUUACUGGCGUACAAAGUUAUUUCUUCAUGUCCAAAGAUAUGGUGUUUACUCACGAUAUUUUCAUCUGUGUUUAUCAAAAGUUUUAUUAAUCAGUAUUUAAAUAGAGUUAUUAGUUUUGGUAUCGUCUAAAUGGGAAGAUUUUUUUUUAAUAUAAAUACAUAUUACUUUGCACA